AUGGACACGCUUCACAUGCACACCCGUGAUUUUGUCAUCGACCCUUCAUCUUUCAACCUGACGUUCGAUCACGUCACAAGGGUGACAGCACCCUGUUUCCUUCGCGUGGUUAAGGCUACUCCCGGUUAUCACGCUGUGAUUAUCGGGAAGCUCAACAUCCCUGCUCGAUUGCAGGUGACGUGUUCACAAGACUUGCUAGAUGCUGGGUACAACGACAGGGUUGUCUCCGUCAUCUGCUACGGCAGUAGAACUAUUGUUGAGUAUCUCAAGUUGUUCUCGCGUGUCGUUGCUGCUGAUACUGUGCACUUUAACGGCCUGGAUGUGACCGAAUGGGUUGCGUAUGCAUUCAAGCAUUACUACCGCUCAAAAGCCCUUGAUUCUUUUGCAAAAAACUCCAUGAGUUUGGAUCCGGGUUAUCUGGCUGGUCACGACAAUAUCCAAAUACCCGUUAUGGUUCUUCAUACACCCGUUAAAAUCUUGGCGACCAAGGAUGGGCUUGAACCUUCAAAGAGAUUGUUAAAGGUUAGAUUAAUUCGCCCUCUUGCGAUAAUAUCAUCCUCAUGGGUGAUAAUGCGUCUGGUUGUUAGAGUGCGCAUUCAGGGAGACAUUGGCCGCGUAUUCACUCACUAUAUCAUACCGAGCUCCUUCCAAGGCGGGACAGGUGGUGUCGAGCCAAUUCGUACGCCAGGCUGUCGGAUUGAUCGAGAGGGCCUAAACACGCCCAUGGGUGCGCCCUCCUGGUCGAAGAAGUGGUCCUCUAUCGCCUACACCGCAGCACGCCCUAUUCCUUCUUCAGUGUUAUCGAAAGCUCUCAUGGAAUUCGCAUCCCUUCAUACUCACUUUCCGGAUCAAGUACAGAUCACCCACUCGAAGCUCCUCACUUGUUUGAAGUUGACCGACAUCACCGUCGGACUCUAUUGGCCCAAACCUUGCGGUUACACUUGCGCGUCAUGCCCUGAACUGCAGAACGGAAAUGGAAACAUAUUUAUUUCCCCACUACGGGGAUUAUUCUGCUGUCGCCAUUGA